GUGCCCGAUGUAGAUGAUAUUGUUUUUGAUGUACCACUUGAAAAUGAACAUCCGCUGAAGCGACAGGCCCGGCAAACGAAUUUAUCUUCAGAAUAUCAGCCAUUGAGGAUUCAUUUGCAUUAUGACAAUGGAAGCAUAUCGUUGUUAACAUCCUUACUGCCAGAUGCAGUCGGCUAUUGGACUAGUGCUUUGUCAGUGCGUCGCAAAAAUGCACCCAUACGGCUGAACAGAAAGUGUCUGUCGAAUCAUUAUUACAUAAGACCAAAUGAAAAGAGUCAGCAUCAGUCUUGUGUGAUGGGGUGUAAAAGGAAGACAACGUGUGGUGAGAUCGUUGUGCCCGAAGAGCAUUUAUUCCAAUGCAGAUAUUGCUCAUCACCAAAUCCGUACAACUGUAUCGCGUCAGGCCCAAAUGAUGGACCAGGUGUUGAGAAUGCUGACUUCUUAUUGUAUGUAUCCGCCGUAUUAUCAGACAGGUGUAAAAACAUCGAUACGGUUGCUUAUGCUGCACACUGUCAACAAGAAGCUGAUUUUGAUAGACCAAUAGCUGGUCAUGUCAACCUAUGUCCAAAUGCACUAUCGACACAAACACACGAUCAAGAAGUACUCCUCUCUACAGUUAAACAUGAAAUUCUACAUGCACUCGGAUUUUCGGCUGGUCUUUAUGCGUUCUUCCGUGACGACAACGGUAACCCCAGAACUAAGCGCAAUCGAUACAACAAGCCACUAUCACUGAAUCGUGAACGAGGUUAUUAUGAUUGGGAUUCGAAUACCGUUAAAACAAUCAUGCGAGAUGACUGGUGGACUGCUGAUGGCAUUGUAAUCCCAUUAUUAGAAGCAUUCAUUCAAUUACUUUCUGAAUUGUUUACAAAUUUCAUUCAGUGUAGUCUCGAUACAGUACACCACCUUAGAGUGUCUCAUCCAGUACAUAUGAUGGUGACACCAAGGGUGAUGCAAGAAGUAAGAAGGCAUUUCAAUUGUGAUCAUUUGGAGGGUGCUGAACUGGAGAAUCAAGGUGGUGAUGGAACUGCUUUCACUCAUUGGGAGAAGAGACUUUUCGAGAACGAAGCAAUGACUGGCACGCACACACAAAAUCCAGUCUAUUCUCGCCUAACACUCGCUCUUCUUGAAGACAGUGGAUGGUAUCGUGCUAACUAUAGUGUUGCCGAGAACCUGCAUUGGGGCAAAGGUCUUGGGUGUGAGUUCGCGCAAAAAAGUUGCGGUGAAUGGAUUAAUAAACGAUCAGCAAGGUCAGAAUCCAUAUUUCCGUAUUGCAACGAGAUAAAGCACGAUGGUAAGCGAUCACUGGCAACGACACGUUGUACGGCUCAGCGAGACUCAUUGGCACUUUGUAAUCUGAUUCCUUAUCGAGAAAUUCUUCCGAAAGACUAUCAGAAUUUCGAGAAGCUCGAGGGCGUGCAAGCUGCUGGAGUUAAGCAUUAUGGUGGAUCAGUGGAACUUGCCGAUUUUUGCCCAUACAAUCAAGAGUUCGAGUGGAAAGGGUCGUCGACGAUGUCGAAUUCGAAUUCGAGUGCACCGAAACGUCGCGACAGUCGUUGUGAAAUAGAGGGCAAUAUAGCGACAUCGGAUGAAACGAAUUCCAUUCUGGAACUAUACGGCAGUCAAUCGGGCUGUUUCGAUCUGGCCACUGCGUGGACUGAACGCAAGUGCUCGCGCAUUCGCACUGACCUUUCAAUGCUUUUCACAUACCAGAUUGUGAAUGGUUGGCUACGUGAAGGUGUCAUUAUAUGUCCGUCAUGUGCAGACUUCUGCACACCUGAAUUGUUCCCUGCUGACGAUAAAUACGGCGAAUGUCUAGCGCCGAUUCAGUUACCGAACGACACUCACAUCGGUGAUGAACCAAUCAAGGAGCCGUGUUCGGCAUUCAAAAUCUCUACGAACAGUCUAUUGUAUAUUCUCGUUGUGCUUGUAAUCAUAUCAGUCAACCAAUGA